AUGGUGACAACGACGAAUACAGACACCGUGUCGGCAUCGUUGCCAAAUAGUGCGCGAUCCUUGUUCAGCCCGUCAUGGUGUACACAGGAUAGUACUGCACAUACAGGGCCGUGGGCAUGGACGCCGAUUAUUGCGGCCCCCGCAUAUUUUUCCUACGAUAACUGGCUCGCCACAAUGCAUGCCUGGAUUGAGCAUCCUGAACGAAAUAGCUCCACGAUUUUGCGCGGCGAAAUAUGGGCAUCCGAGACUUGCUCAUGCCAUGACGUCCACAAUGAACUAGACGAUGAUGGUGAUGCAUUGCACACCACUUUGCAGUCGCGGUGCAUUCGACGCUUGUUGCCACGAAGAACGCGACUCGAUCGAGGCAUGUUGCAGGAAUGUGCUAUUUAUACCUGUGCGCCCAAUCAUGGCCUUGUCGUGUACACAACACUCCGUCCAUCGGAUCCUGCAGACGAGCGACCGAAUCCCAACUUUUUCUCCCAGGCUACAUCCGAUGACCUGUGUGCUGAGGCAGCUGAUGUGCCUUACUAUCAUCCAGCGGUCCGCGGCGUUGCCUUUCACUACAUUCCUGCGCACGAUAGCGAAAACUUGGGUGAAAAUACAUCUGUGACUUCUCAAGGCACAGUUCGGAUUGAUUUCGCUUUGUUUCCCGCCGAGCCCCAUCCCAUAUCACCAUCGUCCAGACUCGGUCGCACUGCACUUUCUCUCUUACGAAUGAUGCAUCAGCACGCGUACGGUCAUGCGACUUCGUACGUGAAGCGCGUGAUUCACGACAUGCUUGUCCCGCGCGAUGCAUAUCAAGAUCUUUACGUCACACUCCGCUCAAAGUAUGCUCACACUCUUAUCGGCACAUGGGCUGAGGUCACAGAUCCCCGGAAGCAUGUGUUUGAGGAUCUUGGCAUUGCGGCAUGGCUCAUACUCUUGUGGCGCGACAUGUUUCCUGCGUGCGAGCCUGUUUCAGAACCUCGGCAUCAGCUCCGUUGUGCCGACGUGUGGGGCCAACCGCCUGGUGGAUUCGUCGACAUCGGAUGUGGGAAUGGCCUGCUCGUUCACAUCUUGACAUGCGAGGGUUAUGUGGGAUCUGGAUGGGACGCACGAGCUCGCAAGUCUUGGCACAAUUAUAAGCAACAAGGCACUGUGUUGUUAGAGGCCCGUCUUGAAUUGCUGCAUAGCGAGCAAUUGCCCACCACUGCAUGGAUUCCAGCUGGUGCAUUCCUUAUAGGGAAUCAUGCUGAUGAACUCACGCCGUGGAUCCCAUUUCUUGCUGCAUCAACACCUGCCUGCUCGGGCUUCGUGAAUAUUCCCUGCUGUGCGUGGACCUUGGAGGGCUCUCCAUUCACACCGACCAACCAGACGCUCAGCGAGAAUGACAUCGCUUCGUGGUUCCGCGUGCCUCCAGCGUCGCUGCCCAAGCCAUCUAUGCCCACAGCACCUGUGAAGGCACCGUCGUCAUCGUAUUCUUGGACGGACCGACUGGCUCAUUCACGUUGGUUCAUUGAACGGACUAUCAUGCCGUCAGACUGCCUCAGCACCAGCCACAAAACUUCCCACUCGAAGCACCUUGCCUACUAUGUGUACCUUGUGGCGCUGCACUUACAAGCAGGCUGGCUCUUUGAGUCGGAGGCUUUGCGUAUACCUAGUACAAAGAAUUGGGCUAUGGUGGGUCGGUAUCGCAUGUCGGAAGGAGAUUGA